CACGAGGAACGUAGAUUUGGAUUGCCUAUAAUUAUAGACGAACUUCUCCGUGUUCAUUUUUAUGCGUACAACAGUUUGCAGAUUUGGAAAAUGGAAACCCCAAUUUUAAACAAAAAACAGCAAAAACAAAGCUUAUCUGCCAAAAAAUCAAGACCGAAAGAAACGAUAAAAAAUGUAUUAUCCACACCUUACGCUGCUUACUGGCCCCAAAUAUCUUCACCAGAAGAUAACAGCUUUUUAAAACAAGUACUUGAAACAAAUCUACCUAAAAUCAGAGUUGAAACUGCAAAGAUACCAUGGAGAGAACUGAAACACCUUAAGAAACCCGAAAGAAGAGAGUUUCGACGUCAGAAGACCAGUGGACAGGAAGUCGAUAAAAAAGAAUGUGAGGGCCUAAAGCUUGGGGUAAAUGCUGUUACCAAACUUCUUGAGUCCAACACAGCUACUGCAGUCUUGAUAGCAGGGGAUGUCCAACCUAGGUUGAUGGUACAACAUAUCAUUGACAAUGCAGUUUUAUACAAAACCCCAAUCUUGAUUUUUGCUCAGUUACGUGAUACAUUAAAAGAUAGGUGUGGAGUAAGUAGUGCUUGUAUAGCAAUAAGUAAAAAUUUACCUAGUGAGUCAAAGCUAAUACUGGUUAAAGAAGUAGUAGAAACUAUUUUUAUGAAAUGUCCACCUCCCAUCAAUCAUAUAAAUUAUAAAAGAGCAUUGGAUAGUAUAUCAUCAGAAACUGGAAAUGUCACAAAAGAGAGUCAGAAACCUAAAAAAUUGAAGCUUGAUGAAGCGAUUGAAAAAACACUUUGUUUGGAAGAAGUAAGGACCAAAAAGAUUACCCAAAAAUCAUUGAAAAGGACAUUAUUAUGGAAGUUCAUGUAGUUACGGAUGACUUCACACCAUUUUCAGAGCUUAAUCAAAUCAGUACAGUUUAUAAGCAUUUAAAAGUGAAACGACUUAAAGGGGAUGUUAAUAGGAAUAAGAAAAAAAUUACACAUUUAAAGAAACCAAAAUAGAUAGCUUUUAUUAAUCAUUGUAUUUUUCAAGCAGCUUGUAAUAUAUUUUUUAGAGUUUAAUAAAUACUGGUAAAAGUUUUUACAACUAUUUCUUUGUAAAAAUAUGAUAUAGAGAUUAAAACAUUUGAAUUUUAAUAUCAUAAUUCC